AGCGACUAUUUCGCACACAUUGAGUGCAUUAGCGAUUGAAAACGUGAGGUCACGUGACGUGUGAGUGGUUUAUGUGUGCGUUGAGUGCGAGUCUUACGAAGAGUGCGAAAAAGUGCCGCUUUUUGGGUCCCAUCAAUACAAUGAGCCAAACGGUGACCACUCGCUGGACAUUCACUGAUAAUGACCUUAAGAACCAUCGGCUUAGGAAACGGGACGCCAUCGGAGCUCAAGAGGAGAUCCAAUACCGCCAAAAGGGCACCCAUUAUAUCAAAGAAAUGGCAGAUCUGCUCAAACUUCGGCCCAUAUGUAUGAACACCGGAAUCGUUUACUUUCACCGCUUCUUCGCCUUGAGAUCAUUCAAAGCGUUUGAUGUGAACGAAAUCUCGAUUUGCAGUCUGUUUCUGGCGGCAAAGUUCGAGGAGCAGCCCAUCCGUAAGGAGGACCUGAUCCGAGCGGCGCUCUGCUGUCGCCCUAAGACGCGACACUCAGCCCACGAGGACUUUAAGAGUGAAUACCGGACGCAAUGCGAGCGACUGAUUGCCAACGAGAAUGAGAUGCUAUUGACGUUCGGCUUCGACCUAAUGGUCAUUCACUCGCAUACUGUGAUCAUAAGCGCCUCCGAUAACCACUCUGUGAUAAAGCGAGAGAUCGGUGCGAACGCCUACAAGAUGGCCGGCGAU